ACCAUUGAAGGUAUUAUCAUAUACUACUGAAGUAUUGUCUCUUAGAAAUGUUAACGAAGCUCAUAUUUAUACUUUUAUAGAUUAUACACAUCGCAUUGGUCGUACUGGACGUGCUGGAAAAUCUGGAGUUGCCAUUACGUUCUUAUCUAACGCUGAUGCGGAUGUAAUGUAUGACUUGAAACAAAUGAUGUUGAAGUCACCAAUAUCUCGUGUGCCUCCUGAAUUGGCAUCUCAUCCUAAUGCGAUGGCCAAGCCCGGAACUUAUGUCUCUAAAAGAAAACACGAGGAGACUAUUUUUCAAUAG